AUGGCUGCUGUCAAGCUAACGCCAGCUGAGGAGGAGGCCAUCAUCAAGCAGCGCUACCUGACGCAGAUGACGGUGCCUAAGGGCAACCUCCCGCUCAAGGUCCUCACAAAAAAGUUCCUGCAGCUUCUAGAACAGUUGGAUAAAGGCCCCGAUGCGGAGGCUGAUGUGGCUCGACUGUACCGGGAGUUCCUUAGAGAGGUGGCACAGACGGAGCUACACGCUAAGAAGCUCCGGUCUGUUUGUGAGGCGAACACGCGGGAGCAGAACACGUACAACCAGAAGCAGCGCGAGCUGGAGGAGGCCAUCGAGCAGACAAAACGGGACAUAGAGGAGAAGAAGCUGGAGCUGCAGAGAGCUAAGCAAGUGCUGGGACAGAACCAGCAGUAUGAGAUCAUGGAGCACCCCUCCAGGGAGGUUACCCAGGCGGCCAUGGAUGCGGAGAUGGCGCUGAUGGCGGAGGCCAAGACGGAGGGCGCGCGGAUAGCGCAGCUCAUGGAGCGGCGCCGGAAGCAGUUCUCCCUGCUGUUCUACGUCAUCGAGGAACUUCAGCGUACGACAGCGGAGGAGGGCAUUGCGGAGGAGCUGGCGGGGCUAGAUGGCAUGGACGUGGACGGGUGACCGGAAGAGGUGGAGGUGGAGGGGGGAGCGAGAAGAGAGGGUUUAUGGGUUGCGGGGGGGGGGGCCGAACCCUAGCUGGUGGGGGGUGGGGUGGGCGCGAGGUGCUGACGAAGCGAGAUGGGCCCCGCUCUUUUUGAAGUGGUGGUAAUGGUAUGAGCGAGAGGGCCUGAUGGGAGGUACGGCACGAGAAAAGUGCGACAUUGCCGACGGAUGUUUAGUGAGCAUGCGCGGUAGCGUGGGGCCCUAACAUGCCGUAGAGUGGCGGAUCCGGAUCUUUCCGACGGGUCCCUGCGGCUUCGAAAGGAUUGCGGGGUGGAGGACGGAUGUGAUACACGUGACCUCCAGCGCACACACACACACACACGGUGGCCCACAGCGCCGACACCGACACCGGUUGGAAGGAAAAGUUAGGAUUUCCGCGUUCCGACUGUUUUGGCGCGUCUAUCCCUAAGUGUCUUGCCACCGACGGCCAGCGAGAUAGCGGACUGAUAGGGAACUGAAAGCUUUCAACGGCAAUGCAAUAUAAGUUGGCGCACAAUUUUCAGAACUGGCUGUAACAGCCUGUUACAGAGGUGUAAUGUAAUUAGGGUUCUUGG